GCAAAUUUAGUUUAUGUCGCUUUGAAAUAAGAAAUGAAAUUAUUAUUUAUUUUGUAUGUGCUUUGAGCACAAGUCGAAAAGUGCAAAAUUUAAUUUAUAGUGUAGGACUGUAGAAAUGAGUUUAAAUAAUGUCGUCCGUAAAGAAUAUUGAAACAUAUUUUAAAUUGCCGUUCCAUCAAGAAACUACUUCUAAUGAAUUCUAUAUCCACUUAAAUUUAAAGGAAUUGGCAGACAAGUGUGAGCUGAAUAAGGAUACUGUAUUUAGGUGCAGAACUAUAGGCAUCCUACAGAGUGUUAAUGGAAAAUUUAUGUUGAAUGAGUUGACAACACCUGUAAAUACUUCUGAUGCUCCGAUUGAGUUAUCAGCCAUAUACCUUAAGACUCCACCUCCAUCGACGGUGAUCCCAUAUCCAGUCCAAGUGUUUGGGACAGUGCAGUGGGAACACAAACCAAUGUUAUUCGCUAAAUUUAUACAAAUCCUUCACGCUGCAAUGGCGUUACGAAUGAAAGAAGCCUGCAAAUCUAUAACUGACGCACAUUUAGCUACUCAUAGGAAUGAGGAUGGCUAUUUUGAAAGUGAUAGAUAACUUUAUUC